AGCCCCGGGGGGGAGGGGUUCUAGCGACCUGAGACGCUGUGUUCAAAAUGCACGUACCCGCACACGUUUUUUUGAACGCCUACAAAAUCCAAACAAAGUGUGAAGGUGUUAGAAAAAUGUCACUCGUGAACAUUCACGGUUAAGCUAAAGGUGUUGUCGUGCUAAGGGUUAAAUCAAGCCGGCUACUGUACCUUUAAGAGCAGCUGCAGCGCAGCUUGAUGUUUGGAGACAGAGAUAGGCCAUGGCAAUGCCACUUUCUGAAGUCAGACUAAACUGAAGAACUUUACGGUUUAGCCUGGCAAAACGUCCUCCUGGAUCUCUUUACACUGCUGAAGAGUUAACAAAAUAUAUUGUCUUUGACAGUAGCACUAAUAAGUACAGAAACAAAAGACCCCAACAUGGCUUCCGCCGGCAGUCUGUUGUCAGAAGAACAGUUCCUGUGCCCCAUCUGUCUAGAAGUAUUCUCCAGCCCUGUCACCACGCCUUGUGGGCACAACUUCUGCAAGGAUUGCAUACAUAGAUACUGGCAUUCCACCAGCCUGUGCCAGUGUCCCAUGUGUAAGCAAAGGUUUAGCAGGAGACCCGAGCUCAGAGUCAACACUUUCAUAGCUGAGGUGGCCGAUCAGUUCAGGAGGUCCGUUGAAAAGAUGGCCACUGCCAGGUGUCCCCAGGACCCGCCCGCGGACAGAGCCCCACCCCGAACAACCCAACCAGGAGAAGUGCCCUGUGAUGUCUGCCCUGGGAGCCACGUCAAGGCCCUGAAGUCCUGCCUGGAGUGUCUGGCCUCUUACUGUGCGAUUCACCUGGAGCCUCACCAAAUACUGGCCACCUUUAAGAGACACAAUCUGAUUGAGCCGCUGAUGAACAUGGAGGACAGGGUGUGCAAGAGGCACCAGAAGCUCCUGGGGCUGUUCUGUCGUAGUGACCACACGUACGUGUGUCAGACGUGCGCCGAGAAAAGACACCAGAAGCACAACGUUGUCACUUUGGAGGAGGAAAGCCGAGAGAGGAGGUCUCAGAUAGGGAAGAUGGAGGAUGCCAUGCAGCAGAUGAUUCAGGGCAGGCAGCAGAGGGUGGAGGAGAUCAAACGCACAAUACAAGCAGGCAGAAUAAAUGCAGAGAGAGAGGUCAGGGAGGGCUCGCGCGUCUUCGCUGACCUGGUCCACUCCAUUCAGAGGAGUCAGGCGGAGCUCAUCGAGGUGAUUGACGCCAAGCAGAAAGCGGCCGAGAGGAGGGCCGCAGGGCUCAUUGAAGAGCUGGAGGGGGAGAUCACUGAGCUGAAGAGAAGCAGUGUUGAGCUGGAGCAACUGGUGCGCACUGACGAUCACCUCCACCUCAUACGGAACGUCCCAUCCCUCCGCACCCCUCCGAACGCCAAGGACUGGUCUGAAGUCAGUGUUCCCAGUGUUCUGUACGUGGGAACAGUGAGAAGAGCGGCGAGGAGGGCCGGGUCUCAGUUUGAAGAGACAUUGAAGAAUGAAGUGAAACGACUGUGCGAUAUAGAACUUUCAAGGGUCCAGCAAUGCACCGUGGAUGUGACCCUUGACCCUGACACAGCUCACCCCAAACUCAUCAUCUCUGACAACGGUAAACAGGUUGCCCACGGCAACAAGGCGCUGAACCUCCCUGACAACCCGGAGAGGUUUUACCCUGGCAUCAGUGUUCUGGGGAGGGAGGGCUUCUCCUCCGGGAGGUUCUACUACGAGGUGCAGGUGAAGGGGAAGACGGAGUGGGACAUAGGAGUGGGGCGAGAGUCGGUCAACAAGAAAGGAGGCAAUACCCUGAACCCUGAGCGUGGCUACUGGACUUUAGGCCUGAGGAACAGGACUGAGUACUGGGCUCUGACGACCCCCCCUGUCCCCCUGCCACUGCCUGAGAAGCCCCAGACGGUGGGAGUGUACGUGGACUGGGACGCCGGCCAGGUGUCCUUUUACAAUGUAGACUCCAGGUCUCAUAUCUACUCGUUCACCGGCUACAUUUUCACGGAAAGACUCUAUCCAUAUUUCAACCCCCGAAAGAAUAACGGUGGGGUCAACUCAGCGCCACUAGUCAUCUCUCCUGUCAGUUAUCUCAACUCCUCUCCUUCACUUUUCACCUCCUCUUAGAAGAGGCCACUGAGUGAUGUCUGUUUUUUUUUUGUUAUAGAUGUGCAAUAUGAUAUAUAUUUUUUUGCAUCUUGUGUAUUGUGUGAUUGAUUAAUAAAGAAAGAUGUAAUAUAAAUGAAGCAAAAUAAAGGUGGACAUUUUCUGUGCUUUUGUCGGGCAUAUUUUUAUGCAAUAUAUUUUUGAGUUAAUAGGAAUUAACACCAUGCAUACCAAGUUGUAGGUUUUGAGCAUACUUAGAUUAUUCCAAUGAUAGCAACUGAAACACAUUCAAUUCUCCCUGAACACACCCACACAUUUGCAUUGGGUUCUCAUUGGUUAAGAACGGCUUCCUGAUAUGUGAUUGACAUGUACUGUAGAU